AGAAUGGCUGCAUCUGCCACUAUCUCUCUCUCUCCUUUCUUGGCUUCAUCAUCAUCUCUCUUUCCCUUUUCUCUCCACUCGAUUCUCUUUGUUUUCUAUUCGCUCUAGGGUUUGAAUUCUUGUGCUUUCUUUAAAUUUUCACCAGAUAUUUAUACACCCUUUUAAAAAAAAUUAAUCCAAUUUUUUUUUUAUAUUAAUAUCAUACUUUAAUUUAGUUUCUUGGAUUUCCUGUUACUCUCUUUUUUGGUGUAUGGCUGGUUUAGACUUAGGCUCAGCAUCUCGCUUUGUUUCUCAGCUCCACAGGCCUGAUCUACAGCUCCAAAGACCAUUGGACAACUCCGAGGAUGAUUCCGGUAACCGGAACCAAUAUUCAGGCGAGAAUGAUGACGACAGCAUCCACCACCAUCAAGGGCUUGAGCUAGGCACUAACAACAACGCAGGAGAGAAUGUUGCUGGCCGAAGGCCCCGAGGCCGGCCGCCGGGGUCCAAGAACAAGCCUAAACCGCCGGUGAUCAUCACCCGGGAGAGCGCGAACACGCUCCGGGCCCACAUACUGGAAGUCAGCUCGGGAUGUGACGUGUUCGAGUCGGUGGCGACUUAUGCCCGGAAGAGGCAACGAGGGAUUUGUAUACUGAGUGGGAGCGGGACGGUGAAUAAUGUGAGCUUGAGGCAGCCGGCCGCGGCUGGCUCCGUCGUGACUUUGCACGGCCGGUUCGAGAUAUUGUCGCUUUCGGGAUCCUUCCUGCCGCCUCCGGCUCCUCCGGGCGCCACCAGUUUGACCAUCUAUUUGGCCGGUGGACAAGGUCAAGUGGUGGGAGGGAAUGUUGUCGGGGCUUUGAUUGCUUCGGGUCCGGUUAUUGUGAUUGCUGCUUCUUUUUCUAAUGUUGCCUAUGAAAGGCUUCCUUUGGACGAUGAUGAUUCCGUCGCGAUGCAGCCGCCGGCCGGUUCUGGCAGUGGCGGUGGCGGUGGUGGAAGUGGUACUCCUACAAGUGGUGGUGGUGGAAGUAAUCAAUUUGCUGAUCCAUCUUUAGGGCUUCCUUUUCUAAAUCUGCCACUAAAUAUGCCAAAUGGUCAACUUCCGAUGGAAGGAGGAUGGACCGGAAACUCGGCCGGACGGCCACCGCAGUAUUAGGUCAUCUUGUGAUCAUAUUAAAAGGUUAGGGAAAUCAGUCCUCCAUCAAGUCAACACCAUAAUCAUCUCCAUCUUGUACAUUUAUAGCUCUCUCUUCUUCUUCUCCUUUUUUAUUUGAUUUGGUUUCUUUCCUUUUUUUUUUUUUUUGGGGAUUUUAGACUUUUUAGUUUGAUUAACUCUUUGAAGUUUGAUUUGUGAAAAAUCCAUCUUUUUUUUUUAAAGGUUGUUGGUCUCAGUAAUCUUAUGGUGGAACUACUGAGUGUUUGAUUUUUAGAUAAAAGAAUUGAAUUGAGUGUAGCUUUUUUAGUCUAACACUUCUAAACCACCAUUGAUUUGUUUAAAGCAACUUGUUCAAAGGAGACCAAAUAAAAAAUAAAGAUGGUGUUUUACUAAACUUCAUACUGUUAUUCAUCUACCUUUGCUUAUCUGAUAUAUUAUUUCUUCUAUUAUUUUAAGUUAGAUAUAUAUGGAUUGAAUAUGUAAAAAAAAAAAAAUUGUGUUGAAUUUUUGAUGGAUUCCUUUUUUGUAAAAUAAUCCAUAUGAUCUAUCUAGCCGUCAUAAAAUAAUGUUAGUCUUAGGACAAGCAUCACAUCUUGUGUUCCCCAGGUCGGUAGGGGUGGCAUGGGUUUAAAAGGAUGCAUGAAUUUCUUUUUGUUGGUUCUUCCCCCUCUGCUACUUGCUUUAAUUCUCUCAUUCAUCAUCCUUGUUGGAUACUGUCAUUUCUGUUUUUGGAUAAAGUUUUCUUAGGAAAUUGAUAAUCAAUUUGGGUCUUCUAUGUGAUUAGUCGUGUAUGACUUAAUUUGCACGAACAAGAAUUAGUUAGCUCUGAAUCAGGUCCAUCUUCUUAUUGUUUACACGGUGGUCUCAAUAGUAAAAUAAGGUUGUUUUAUAAUUUACAGACAAAUCCAAAAAACAUACAAUUUCUUUAUUGAUACAUUAUUGAUAUACUCCCUCUGUCCUAAAAUUAUUGUCCAAUUUGAGAUUUCACUUCUAAUAUAAUUUGAACUAGAAAUGAAAACCCAAACUAAACAAUAAUCAAGGGACGGAGGGAGUAUAAAAAGUCCGGCAAUCUUGAGCUAGCUUCAAGAUAUAUAUAAGUAGAAACAGAAGAAACAUAAUACAUCUAGUACUCAAGUCCACCUAGCUUCAAGAUAUAUAUAAGUAGAACCAGAAGAAACAUAAUACAUGUAGUACCCAAGUCCCCAAGAGCCUUGGUUUUAAAUAGUCUAUGUAACUAUAGUUAAACUACCACACAUUAAUGAUGAAUUUUAAACUAAUGUUUUUAUACUUGUAUUGCAACAAGCAUUUCUUCUGUUCUAAAAUGAUUGUUUUGUUGCUCCGUGCAACAAAAAUGAGAUCUGGGACUCUUUCUUUUACCCUACACCUCUACAUUAUCUAUGCCACGAGGGAAGGGUUGAUGAGACUCAAUUUUUAUACAAAUCACUCUAUCCUUGCAUGAUUACUUUUAAUUAUUCUUUACACCAAGAUCUUACCAAAGAUUCUUUGCUUAGAACAAAUGAUGAGCAAUUAAUUUAGUGUAUAAAUAUUCAGGUUGUUGCUCCAAAGGCUAACCAACAUGAUUUCCAUAAUUUUUAAGUUCUGAACUACAGCUUGUUCAGAUUUAGUAUGAUCAUUUUCAUUCUCAAAAGCUUUUAAUGCUGAAGCUUUACAGGCGCACUGCCUCCUAAUAUGUUUAGCCAAAAUACAAUCAUGGCUUCUGACAGAGAUAACAUCUAAUUCAAUUUUGGGUUAAACUCAUGAGUUCAGUAGUUUAUUAUAUUCCAUCUGUCUCAGAAUAGUCCACUAUGUCUAUUACUGCUACAUACAUAUCCAAUGGUUUAGUGUCCUUUGAUAUAUUCUAGCUGCCAUUUUCUUUGAUGUUGCGAUCUUGAUUAGAUCAGGAAGCUUUUUGCAUGUGAGUUUAACAAAGCAUGAUGAAUUUUUAAAAAUCCUUCCUGUUAAAUUAAUGUAGUACAAUAAAUGUUAUUCUUAUUUUGAGACCGAAAAAGUGAUAUAAGAGAAUUUGUUUUUAGAGAUUGGAAAUGACACUUGAAAUUCUGGGAAUCUGCUAAACCGAUAUGACGUGGUAGGUUUUAUAUGUCAUCCUAUUUCAGUCUCUUUAUGUAAGUUUUCAUUUAAGUUUCUAAUUUAGAGUUGGGUAAAACUUUUCAAAAUCAGGGUAAGAAAUUAUAUAUGGACUCAGAAAGUCUAUGGAGACGGGAAUUAUAAAUUCACCAUAGAAA